AUGGCUGAGACCCUCGCCUCCAAAGAGGUAGCGCGAAAACGCGCGCGUCCCCGCGCUUGUUUUUGUUUCGGCCGUAGCCGCCGCCAGAAAGAGAGCCUACAAACGGCGGUCCGGAGAGCGCAUGCGCGCGGGCGCGGUGCCGAUUGGGUGCCGCCGCGGAACGAGGGAGGUGGAACCGCCGCCUGGUGUUCGAAAGAUGCUCGCGGCCCGCCAUUGGCCCGGCGCGGCGGUAGCCCCGCCCCCUCUUUCCGCGGAGUCCGUCCGGUUCCGCCGCCGCCAUUGUUAGGGGCUCCGCUGCUUUGUGUCUUGCGCGCCGAGAGGGGCCCCGAGUCGAAGGCCGAGGACGGCACCAUGCCAAUCCGCAGGGCUGUGAAUUCUGCUGCUCGGGAAACCCCUCCCAAAAGCAAGCCUGCUGAAGCGGAGGAGCCCAAGCCAGAUCCCGAUGUCAGUUCAGAAGAGUCUGCCUCCACUGUGGAGGAGCGAGGGAAUGAAACGCCUCCCGCCACGUCGAGUGAGGCGGAGCCCCCCAAGGAGCCCGAGGCCGGAGAGAAGCCUGCCGAGAAGCCUGCCGAGGAAGCCCAGAAGGAGGAGAAGGAUCCAGCGAAAGAGAAGGAGAAGAAAGUGAAGAAGACCAUCCCCGCCUGGGCCACCCUCUCGGCCAGCCAGCUAGCCAGAGCGCAGAAGCAGACGCAGAUGGCGGCGUCCUCCCGCCCCAAGAUGGAUGCCAUUCUGAUCGAGGCCAUUAAGGCAUGCUACCAGAAAGGUGGGGCGUCGGUGGUGGCCAUUCGGAAGUACAUCAUCCACAAGUAUCCUUCGCUGGAACUGGAGCGGAGAGGCUAUCUCCUGAAGCAGGCCCUGAAGCGAGAGCUGGAGCGGGGAGUCAUCCGACAGGUGAAAGGAAAGGGGGCCUCUGGGAGUUUUGUGGUGACCCCAAACUCAGGGAAAACGGCUUCAAAAUCCAGAGAUCGGAAGAGGAGCGCCUCGGUCGCCAGCCCGGAACAACCUGUGAAGCUGGAAGACGUCCUCCCACUGGCCUUCACCCGCCUCUGUGAGCCCAAGGAGGCCUCCUACAGCCUGAUCAAGAAAUACGUCUCUCAGUAUUACCCCAAGCUGAAGGUCGACGUCAGGCCCCAGUUGCUGAAGAAUGCCCUGCAGAGAGCGGUGGAGAAAGGCCAGCUGGAGCAGAUCACCGGCAAAGGGGCUUCCGGGACAUUCCAGCUGAAGAAGUGUGGGGAGAAGCCGCUGCUGGGGGGGAGCCUGAUGGAGGACGCCAUCCUCUCUGCCAUCGCAGCCAUGAACGAGCCCAAGACCUGCUCCACCACGGCCCUGAAGAAGUAUGUCCUGGAGAAGCAUCCGGGGACAAACUCCAGCCUGCAGGUCCACCUGCUGAAGAGGACCCUGCAGAAGUGCGAGAAGAAUGGCUGGAUGGAGCAGAUCUCCGGGAAGGGCUUCAGCGGCACCUUCCAGCUCUGCUUCCCUUACUACCCCAGGGUGCAGAAGCGGCCCCCGCCGAAAGCCCGGAGCAGGGCCCCUCCGGUGAAGCGGCGAGAGGCCAAGCCCAAGCCACGCAAGGCCCCUGCGGCGCACCGUGGGAAAGCCCGGCCCCCGCCCGUGGUCAAAGCCCCUGCCAAGAAAGCCAAGCCCACACACCCCCGGGCUGCUGCCAAGAAGCCCCCCCGCAGCCCCAGCAGCAGUCCCACCCCUAAGAAGCCAGUGGUCAGCCCCAGGAAGGAGGUGAAGCCCCCCGCCAAGAAGAGCAAGCCCACCAUGCGCAAGUCCCUGAGGGUCAAGAAGUGA